AUGAAGAAAACCCCGACCCUUUUGAAGCAGGUUCCCAGGGCAUGCGUAAAGAGACAAGUCCCUGAAGCGUGGCAGGAUAUGCACCACUACGAGGAGGAGACGACUGCAGAGGAAGAAACCCGGCUCUUUAAGGAGAUACGGAUGCAGCUAAAAAACUGCAGCAUAGAGACGACAGUUUUCAAGAGAAAGACUCCGAGCAGCUCCACCCGGGUACUGUCUAACAUGUGUUUGUACAGUGCGUUUAGCAGGGUUAUAUAUUUAGUGGAGACAGGCACGGGCUUAUUUCCUCUGGAGGCGUACUCUAAGGAUCUUCCUCUUAUAAACCGUAAAUCUAUAAAGAAACCCAGAUACACUUUUAAGUCUCUUACGCCUAAGGCCAUUUUGAGCGACUCCAUGAAGAUAGCUGCUUCGAUAUACGAGGUAGAGGGGAAGUACCUGCGCAGGGGAGAGGCAUACAUAUCCCAGAGAGUCCCACUUCUUGCAGGGCUGCGCAUUCUUAAUAGGCUCCUGCUUAUUUCCGUGGAGAUAAAUAAGCCUGUUUUGGACCCGGAGAGUGUCUACGUGCAGGAAGAAGGCGGCGUAAAUGCGCUGUACAUCCCCGUGGAGAGACUGCACGUGGAGACUAUGGAGUAUAAGAUAUUCCUGGCAGGUCUGGUUAUAAACACACACACUGUCAUGGAGAGAGUUGAAAUUGUCAAAAACAUCCUCCAGGGAGGAGAGACUCAGAAAGAAGAGCACAGAAUAUUGAAGUCAGUAUACGCAGCAAUGGCAAGCACAGAGUGGAGCAAAAAGUACUCUGAGAUAUCUGGCAGCAUUGUACAGUAUAUGGGAACACCUCAGUAA